UGCCAAAAGGCUAUAAGAAUGUUUUUAUUUGAACUGCUUUCAGUCACAGACAAGACCAGACUUUGAUAGUUAAAAAAUACAGGGAAACCACGUCAGAUCAAACCAACUCAGACAAAGAAUAAACUAGACCAAAAGGGAAAAACAUAAAUGGGUAUUACCAGGAGCAAUUUUCUCCUAGAGAAAAUGUAUUGAAGUAUUGAAGGGCCUGGACGAAAAUAUAUGCGAACUCUCAUUUUGAACGCUCAGUUGCCAUGGUUUUCUGUCCAGUGCGGAGACCGGAGAAAUGGCUAAAGGUGAACAACUCUUCUUCUUCUUCAGUUUGUUGGUUAAAAGAGAAAGCAGGCGGCUUUGGUUCGAACUCGUGAUUUCCAGAUUCCAUUAUUGCUGUUCAGAGAGAGGAGACGGGUCCAGUUCUUAACUGUAGAUGCAUCAGAAGAAAGUCUCACCAAACACCAAUCCUCUCCACCCACCACCACCAUCAUCAUCCGACCCGACUCAUUUAACUCGCCCUACACCCGAUCUCGAAAUUCACUACCAGAAGAAGAAUGAGCCGCCCCUCUUCCCCUCCACUCCCCACAAAAGGCCCCUAAUGCCCCGAAGCUCCACCCCAUCCCACUCCCCAACCCUCUCAUCUCUCCGCCGCCAUCACGACAGUCCUUUUAAAGCAUCCUCACACCCGCCCUUCCUCUGUUCUUGCUCACUCCCGCUGCUUCUAGCUACUAAGAGGAUCACUCUGAGGCUCCUCCACCAUUCUUGCCGAGCCUCAUGGCUUAGGCUCCACACCAAGCUUUUCAUUCUCCUUUUUUUGCCCACUUUUUAUCUCUUAACCACAGCUUAUUACCGCUAUUUCUUAUUUUUUCUGGUCUGUGCUGUAUUCCUUUUCCUUCUUGUGAUUGCCCUUAGCUUAGCUCUCCCAGCUAUCCGCCAUUUUUUUUUUAAUCAAAAAUAAAGCCUGCCCCAUCAAAGACUCAUCUUCCUGUUGUUUGGUCAAUCGGGGCAAAGCCCAAAUUGGAAUGUAAGCACUGGAUUCGGGCUGUUGGGUGCAAAUUUAUAGCAACGGGGAUUUGUAUGAGGGAGAAUUCCAUAAGGGAAAGUGUUCCGGAAGUGGGGUGCAUUACUACCGUUUGACUGGGAGGUACGAAGGGGAUUGGGUCGACGGGAAGUAUGACGGAUAUGGAGUGGAGACGUGGGCGAAGGGGAGCCGAUAUAGGGGACAAUAUUUGCAGGGACUGAGGCAUGGAGUUGGGUUGUAUAGGUCCUACACUGGGGAUGCGUAUGCUGGGGAGUGGUGUAACGGGCAGUGCCACGGGCAGGGCAUACAUACUUGUGAGGACGGGAGCAGUUAUAUCGGGGAAUUCAAGUGGGGCGUCAAACAUGGCCUUGGCACUUACCAGUUCAGGAAUGCAGAUAACUAUGCUGGCGAAUAUUUUGCAGACAAAAUGCAUGGUUUUGGGGUCUACAGAUUUGGAAAUGGACAUCGAUACGAGGGAGCCUGGCAUGAGGGAAGGAGGCAAGGUUUUGGCACUUAUACUUUCAGGAAUGAGCAAACUCAGACCGGUCACUGGCAAAAUGGGGUUCUUAACGUUUCAAGUGGUGGAUCCUCCAUGGCAUACGACCACCGUUCCAAAGUGUUGCAUGCCGUUCAGGGCGGAACCGACCAGGGGUUUACACUCUGAACUUAGGGAGGGGAUGGGUGCAUGUCGGAGGAGAUGGCCAGCGACAUCACUUUCAGGCGGCUUGGCUGCACCAUCAAUAUACUGGUCGAGAUGAGAGCAGAAGAGGAAAUCAAGGAUCGCGCCAUACCAGGCCCAACUCGAUCCCAUGGGUGAAGAUAUUUGUCCAAACCCGCCGUAACAGGCUUGCCCUUUAUUGUACAGAUCUACUUCUAAGCAUUGGGAUGAAGCCAUCCGAGCAGCCGGAAAAGCCAACAACGUGGGCAAGGUGGAUGAAAGUGUAAAAAGAGCAGUAGGAACUGCUAAUAAAGCCGCAACUGCAGCAAGAGUAGCAGCUGUGAAGGCAGUACAAAAUCAGAUGCACCACGACAACAAUCUUUCAAAUUGACAUUGCCAAAAUACCCUUGAUUGGAGUUUUUGGUAGUGGUCCCAAAAUUAUACUACCUCUACAAUGAGCCAAAAGUGAAUACGAGAUGCGAGUUACUCACCUCUUUCGGCAAGUGGUGGUGCAAUUUUUCGUAACAAAGAUGGUCAGAUGAUCUUGGCAACCGCCUUUCCAGUUGAAGCGUCGUCUCCACUUGAAGCUGAGCUUCUCUCUGUAAUCCGGUCUACAACGUGGGUGAUUAGUGAUUAGCCACGACUUUUUUGAUCUCCAGGUUGAAGUGGAUCCGACUAUGGUGGUGAAAUACAUUAGCGACGGAGGCGCAGAUCGAUGGGGUACUGAAAUUAGGAAAUUGUUGGAUCUGUCUGAAAGAAAUGGGGUUUCCUAUUCGAGCACUUGGAGAGAAGCCAACCGGGUUGCCCAUUGUCUUGCGGAUCAAACAUUGCCCCAUGAAGUUUCGUAUGCCCAGGUCCAAGAUUUUCCAGCCCAUGCAAGGAACUCAUACUUCAUGGAUCUUUUUGGACUCCCUUCACUCAGAUUUUUUCAUUAAUUUCCGGUGCGGACUUAGUCCGUCUUUUGUUGCUUUAUUUUGUUUUAUUUCGGGAAGGUAUGCCUUUCCCGAGAGGCUUGGUCUAGCUCUCCUCUCAUUCUUGUAUUGGAUUUUUAUUUCUAUAAUAAUCUGGUAAAUGUUCCCCAACAUUUACCCCACUGAUAUUUGUGGUUUACUCACCGGCUUAAAAAAAGAUGUUAAUUACA